GGACGCUGCCGUCAAUCGAGCUAGAACUGGACAGCGAGUAACAUCAUCGAUUAAAACAUCAAACGUCAGGAAAGGUUUGGAGAGUGAUUUACCAUCUUCUCAUCACUCGAAAAAAGUGUGAGUCGUCGUCAUCGUCGCCCCCUCCCUGCACACGAGUCAACCAAACAGAAGUAAACCAAACAAACCGAAACCCGAAAGACCUGCACAUCCCAAUUAGGACAAAAUCCAGCGUAACCAACAGAUCCUCGGGACAAAUUUGGAAGUAUCUACCCGUUUGGUUUUGCCGCGCGGUUGAAAGUGACGUGAACGCGAAACGAAAGGCAACUACUUCGAUAGUCGCCGUUAGUGUAAAACGUCCACAACAGGCGUCCGAGAAGCAGGACGAUUAAUUUUACCAGCAAAGAACAUCAAUGGCUGACUCUGAGAAGGUAAAUGAACAGCAGCCGGCUGUGGCUCAGCAGCAGCCACUAGCUGCCGAUCAGCCGCAGGCCCAGCAGCAAGGAGGAGCCGCAGAAAAAUCGGCCGCAGCUUCGCAGCAGCCCGCCAAGGAAUUGAUUGCAACCAAAGUGACCGGCACCGUUAAAUGGUUCAACGUGAAGAGCGGCUAUGGAUUCAUCAACCGUAACGAUACCAAAGAAGAUGUUUUCGUACAUCAAACAGCAAUUACAAAGAACAACCCUAAAAAAGUGGUACGUUCGGUUGGUGACGGCGAAAUUGUCGAAUUUGACGUUGUAGUUGGCGAAAAAGGCAAUGAAGCUGCCAACGUUACCGGGCCAGCUGGUGAACCUGUCAAGGGUUCACAAUUUGCCGCAGAUCGUCGUCGUGGUUUUCGUCCAUGGAUGAGAAAUCGUCGACGUAAAAAUACUGGAGGUGGUGGCAGUACCAAGAAUGGUGAUGGCAGCGGCCAGGAAGGACAAGGUGAUAGUGGGGACGGUCAGCAAGGCGGUGCUGAUAGUCAACAACGUCUCCAACGUCGGCGAUUCCGUCCACGUGGACGCGGUCGUGGCUACUAUUAUGGUGGUGGUGGCGGCAGACGUCCACGUCGCGAUCAACAGCAAAAUGGUGGAGUCGCCAACGCAGGCGAUGGCGGCGACCAAAAUAACGCUGAUUCAACCGAAGAAGGCGGAGCUCGUACUGGUGUCAACCAGCAGCGUCGCGGUGGGCCGCCGAGACGAUUUUUCCGUCGUAAUUUCCGCGGUGGUCGCGGAGGCGGUAGUGGUGGCGGCGGCAACCGUCGCCUACCCCGUAAUCAAGAAGGCGGCGAAAAUGCAGGAGAAGAAGGUGCUCCCCAGCAACGUGUGCGUCGCAAUCAAUUCCGUCGUAAUCGUCAAAGGGCUGCAGGGUCAGCUAACGUCAAUCAAGCUGGCGGCGCCGGAGCAUCUUCGAACGCUGCUGGAAGUGGAGAACAACAGGGUGCUGGCCAACCAGUUCAGAAUACAACAACUGAAAGUAAUGCUUAAUGAUGUAUGAUGUAAAAACAGAACAAGAAAAAACAAAGUGAAGUAUCCGAAAUUUAUACUGAGAUCAUAAAAGGAAUAGAGAAACAGCUAAGGUGAAAGGCAAUUCACUAUAAUUUGAAGAGGAAAAAUCUAGACGUUAAACCAUGUAAAACAGUAAGGAAAAAUCGUAUCUUCUUUUUUUUUUUUUUUUUGUGGAAAUACACUUCAGGGGAAAGUUUUUUUUUGUUUGUGAGAUAAUAGCAUACAGAAUAGUGAUAAGAUCUUUAAUUAAAAUCAAGAACAUUAUCAACCGUAUAUCAUCUUUCUACUUAUUACAAAAUGAGAGCAUAUGCAUUCUGUUAUGACGAUUAUAGAGUUUUUGAUAUUCGCCACUUUGCACGCAUGAUUGCAACAAAAUAGAGAGUUCUAUCGGCCAUCCAUUACAAUAAUUUGGGCCUUUUGUCAUUUUCAAGUUCCAAUCAAAUAAUCAUGCCAUCUAGAACCUGGAAACUAACAGCCAAACUUCCAGUGAAUCCGAUUUUGAUACUGUGCAACUGUUCGAAGUCAUGUCUAAUCUUCGUAAAAUUUGAAUUAGCUUAGUACAUAACGUAAAAUGGAAGUAAACGGCUGCAACGGGUGGAUAACAAUGAACAACAGUAUGCAUAUGAUCCAAAUAACGUAUUGCAAAAAAAAAAAAAAGCUAGAACAUCGUAAAAAGGAAAAACAAGAAUAAAAUCAGCAGACAAUAUACAAAUUUAAAAUGAAGUAAAAUAAAGUUCCCGUAAAAAUAGAGAUUAAUUGUUAAAAUUGACUUUUACCAACUUAUAAUGAACCGUAUUCAGACAUCUGAAGAGCUUGAAAAUUUACAUUCGAUUCAAUCUUGGAUUAAAACAACCUAAAAUCGUUGUAUAUGUCUCUUACUGUACGUACUUAUUUCUUGCUUUUCCACAAAUCAUUUCUUUUGAAUUGGUGGUAAUAUUUGUUUUCCUAUUUGAAUUUAUAUUACAACAAUAUAAAGUUGAAUAGGAAGAAUAAAGAUAAGAAAAUGCGAUUUAAGAAAAAAAAAA